UAAGGACUGAAAAUAUUAGUUAACGUCUUUGAAGUACAGUACUGUCAUGGCGUUGAUGUGGACCGUCUUGAUCUGCUUCAUUGGAGGAGCACUGUCCAAGAACGUACCUUUGUGCGGAACUCGUCCACACACCAGGAUAAUUGGAGGCCAGGCGGCUCAGCAUGGGGACUGGCCUUGGCAAGCAAUGUUUCGCUUAUACAUUAAAAACCGCUGGCAACAACGGUGUGGGGGCUCAUUGAUUUCUCCUCAAUGGGUUUUAACCGCAGCGCAUUGUCCUUUUAAUAGGCAACAACAUCACAUAAGAAUAAGGUUGGGCGCUUAUAAACGCGAAGGUUGCGUGAAAACUGAACAAGAAUUUAAUGUUAGCCGUGUCAUCAUUCAUGAAUCAUACGGGUCACCCGCGCAUCACGCUCACGAUAUCGCUCUUCUCAAGCUAGACAGACCAGCAAUAUUGAACAGAUAUGUCCAUCCCGUGUGUCUUCCCUGGAACAUYCCAGAAGUACGUCCCGGAAAAACGUGCUACAUCACAGGAUGGGGUGAUACGAGUUUUGCGGGACCAGACGCUGAUGUUCUUCGUCAGGCACAAGUGCCCAUUGUCAAUCAAACUACUUGUAAAGAGACAUAUCACAAGGAAUUACAUGCAUCUAUGCUUUGUGCCGGACUCAAGCAAGGAGGGAUUGAUUCUUGUCAAGGUACGAAAAGAUGA